AUGGACAAAGAAUUUUUAGAACCAAUACACUGUCACAAAUGCAAAAAGAAAACUAAACAUUUUAAACCAAUCAAAGUUCAAACAAUAAAUAGUCUAUGGAAAAUUUCAACACAAUGGUUAAAAUAUAAAACAAACAAAAGUUAAUUUAUUAAAACUACUUUAGGAAAAGAAAAUAUUANAACAAAAGUUAAUUUAUUAAAACUACUUUAGGAAAAGAAACAAUCUCAAAAAUAAAAUUUGAAAAAAUAACAGAACAAGAUAAACUAAGUAUUGCAAAAGAACUACAUAAACCAUUAAGCUCUCGAUUUCCGAAAAGGAAAAUAAAAACAUACGGUAUUGAUGAUUUGUGGGCUGCAGAUUUAAUUUUAAUGAAAAAUUAUGGUGAUGAAAAUGUAGGUUAUUUAAAUAUAUUAAAUGUUAUAGAUACUUUUUCAAAAUUCGAUUGGUCUGAAUCUCUUAAGAAAAACGAUGGAAAAAAUGUUACUAAAGGUUUUGAAGAAAUAAUAAAAACAGCUAAUUUACAUUAA